ACUUCCAGUUUCUUGCUUCCCCAAGUCCCCUCUGCGCAGCUGGAGACAGCAAGUCUCGCUCUGCGGAUAGCAGAGCCCCACUUACUCAGCAGGAUCAGUGCGUGUCAGCGCUAGCAGUAAACCAAAGUAUAUCUUGCUUUUCCUUGCCGGUACCCAUUCGAUCACACGUCUACAGUCAUCAUGUCCGACGCACCUCAUCCGAAGGAGAACCAUCCUAUGCUCAUCGUCGUCAUGGGCGUCUGCGGCACCGGCAAAACGACCCUCGCCACGGCGCUCUCCAAGCACCUGGGCAUGCCCUACAUCGAGGGCGACGACCUGCACCCGAAGGCGAACAUCGACAAGAUGGCGGCGGGGCACCCGCUGAACGACGCUGACCGCGAGCCGUGGCUGGAGCUCAUCCGCACGACGACGGAGCACGUCGCGGUCGAGCAGGAGACGGACGCAGCGCACAAGGGCCGCCGCGGGAUCGUGGUUACGUGCUCGGCGCUGAAGAAGUAUUAUCGGGAUAUACUGAGGGGGACGUAUAAGCCGAAGUCGGUGCCGGACCAUCUCGACCCGCCGCAUCCGAAUACAUUGCCUACGUAUUUCGUGUUCAUCAAGGGCGAUAGGGAGUUGCUGAAGGACAGGAUGGAGAAGCGGAAGGGGCAUUAUAUGAAGGUGGGUAUGUUGGAUAGUCAGCUGGCGACGCUGGAGAGCCCUGAGGGGGAGGACGGGGUGGUCGUGGUGGAUGCCGCGGACACGACUGAGAAGCAGAUGGAGGACGCGCUGGAACAGUUGACCAAGCUUGCCGGACCGUUAUAGCACUGCUUGGGGGAAGUAAAUUUAUUGUUAUGUAUAUUAUGUCGCAGAGGAUACAAUUCGCUAUGUCACGACUGUCGAC